AUGGAGAGAUACUUUCAUAAAGUUCCAAGAACAGAGGAACCUUCAAAUCCUUCAUCAUCUAUGAAGAAGAGGAAGACCAAUGUUGAUGGUGAAAGUUCAAAGAAAACUGAACUAGAAGAAAUUUUGGAAACUCUUCAUUCAGACCGUGCACGUCGAAAGCGCAUUUUGGAUUAUGAUCCAAAUAUUCGUGAUCAAGUUAGGCGACAUUAUUUUCUCAAGGAGUAUAGCAUAGAGAAAGAUGCUUUGUUUUGCCUCAGUUGUUAUCUUUUUAAACCAGAAUAUGGUGAUCAAGGAGUCGGUGAUACAUUUACUACCAAAGGUUACAACAAUUGGAAGAAAAAGCAGGGACUUAAAGAGCAUGUUGGAACUGUUGGUAGUGUUCAUAACCAAGCUAUACUGAAUUGUCAUGCUCUUAUGAAUCAUAAACAUCAUUUGGAGUCAGUUAUUAGUCGUCAAGUUAAAGCGUCUAAGAAGAACUAUUACACUCUUUUGAAUUCUUCAAUUGAUUGUGUUCGUUUCUUGUUGCGUGUGAAGGCUGUCGUCUUUGAUAAUACUCCUGGAAAUCUACAAUUGAAAUCACGUGAUAUACAAAAAGAUAUUAUAAAUGCAGCUGCUGUGGAAACUCUUAAUGCAAUCAUGUUUGAUAUGGGUAAUGCACCAUUUUCUAUUUUGGUUGAUAAAGCUCAGGAUAGUUCAGUAAAAGAGCAUAUGGAGGUUGUUCUUCGAUAUGUAGAUAACAAAGGUGAACUAAUUGAGAGAUUUGUUGGCAUCGAACAUGUUAAAAGUACUGAUGCAUGGUCCUUGAAACUUGUAAUAGAUGAGCUAUUUUCUAGAAAUGGGUUGAGCAUAUCCAAUCUGCGAGGACAGGGCUAUGAUGAGGCUAGUAAUAUGCAAGGUGAUGGUCUUAAGCUGAUUGCAAUGAUUAGUGAAGAUGAGACAAAUGCUGAUCAAAGAGGGGAAUGGAAUUUGUUGAGAAAUGAUCGAGAUAUUGUCAAUGCUAUGGAUUUAUUGAAGGCAAGCAAUCAACAACUACAAAGAAUGAGGGAGGAAGAAUGUGAAUGGGAUAAUUUCUUUCACAAGGUCUAUUCUUUUUGUGACAAGCAUGGUAUCAAGAUUCCAAAUAUGAAUGAUCUUUUUGUUGCUCAUGGGAAAUCACAUCGUAAGGCUGAAAAGUUAACGGCUCUUCAUCAUUAUCGAGUGGAUGUCUUUUAUUCUGUGAUUGAUAGACAACUUUCAGACUUAAAUGAUCGCUUUAAUGAGGUGAAUUCUGAGCUUUUGAUUUGUGUUUCAAGUUUAAGUCCAGACGAUUCAUUUGUUGCUUUUGACAAGCAAAAGUUAAUUCGUCUUGGUAAAUUUUAUCCAAGAGAUUUUUCUGAAAGAGAUGUAAUAUCACUUGAAGACAAUGUUGAUAUUUAUGUUAAUGAUAUGUGA